CAUCGAACGUGUGCGUCACUCGUGGCAGAGGUCGCACUGUAGGAGAGCUGCGCGGAGAGUUCCCGUUAGUUGCAACCCCCAAAACGAGUGCAGUGCAGGGAUGCGUGGGCGCAGGAAGCAGCAGCAGCAGCAAAUUCGCUGCAGACUGGAAUGCAGAGGCGGGAUACAGAAAACCAGAGACUCUGCCCCAACACAGGACCAAGUGCAGCUAUCCCGGGACCAGUGCUCGAGGAAACGCUCAACGUAGCGCAGGCCAACACUGUUUGGGGCCGACCGACCAGCCUGGACCGAAAACCAGGAACCAGGAACCAGGACCCAACUGCUGCUGCAGUUGUCUAUAUACCACUCCCUCCGCAGCCUCCGGGUGGCUCCCCAACCCAUCACCCAUCCACCUUGGCGACCAAUUAUCUGGGCCCAGAAUUUUCGACGGCCAUCAAGUUUCCAUAAUUUGCAACAUAAGCAUAAUCAGCAGGCUGGAGCUGCAACAGCAACAACGACUAUAGCAACAACUACAACAACAGAGGUAAGACCCUGAGGCAGCACGAAGUCCAGCCCUCUCUGCUCCCAGCGCUCUCUUCUCUUCUCUUUUCCUUCUCUCUCUGUUUCCCUCCAUCUUUUAGUACCUGUUACGUAUACUAGAUCAAUUCCGGAUGGCUGCAUCGAACCCCAAUACCUUGUGGGCCCAAAGAAUGUCGAGCUUUCAGAUCAAGCAGGCGGACCUCAAUCGCCUGGUGAUGAACUAUCUGAUCACAGAGGGAUACCAGGAGGCGGCACAGCGCUUCAAGGCCGAGUCGUCGCUGGAGCCGAGCUCUCUGGGUGACAGCAUCGAUGAUCGCGUGAGGAUCCGCAAUGCUGUGCGCAGUGGCCAAGUGAAGUAUGCCAUGGACCUGGCCAAUAGGCUGUAUCCGCAGCUCUUCGAGACGAACAACUACAUGUACUUCCACAUGCAGCAGCUGCGGCUGAUAGAGCUUAUACGGGAGCAGAAGGUGGAGCAGGCCCUCGACUUUGCCCAGAGCAAGGAGUCCGGCCUCAGCGAGGUGCACUCGGACAACAUCCGGGAGAUGCAGCGCGCCCUGGCCCUGCUGGCCUUCGACAAGCCCGAGGAGAGUCCCUUCGGGGACCUGAUGAAGCCCGCCUACCGGCUGCAGGUGGCCGGCGAGCUGAACAAUGCCAUCCUGAAGUACGAGGGCGGGGAGGUCGUCCAGCCGAAAAUGAUGUUCCUCAUCAAGCUGAUCCUCUGGGCCCAGGACAGGCUGGAGAUGGAGGGCAUUUCGGACUAUCGGCGUAUAGAUCUGGAGACGCCCGACUUCGAGGAUGAGAUCAAGCGGGCCUUCCAGGAUGGCUAAGUGCAAACGGCUCAGAGUGCAACCGGUGCUCCCACAAAUUCGGUGUCUAUGCUGCAAACUAAUCUAGAAAUAUGAAUGUUUUUUGGUGUUUUUUUUUUUUGGAUGUGCAUAAUAAAUGUUUCAAUAUCUUGGUGUA